AUCAAAACGCAGCGCAUCUUAUGAGUCACAACGUGGUCUAUUAUGUGCAGUGCACAGUGGAUGCUUAUGUAAAUGUGGUGGCCUGUUCAGAGGGACGUUUCCGCCUCCUCUUUCUCUUAUAGGUCUGUCAUCAUCCGAGCUGCUGCUGAACAGACGCAACACCUCUGAGGUCGCACUGAACAUGCCGGGACUGCUGCUCGGAGAUGCAUUUCCUGAUUUCGAGCUGGAGACCACAACUGGCAGAAUUAAACUCCACGAAUUCCUCGGUGAUUCAUGGGGGGUCCUCUUCUCCCACCCUAAAGACUACACCCCGGUGUGCACCACGGAGCUGGGCCGAGCUGCCAGACUGUGCAGCGAGUUCAGUAAACGCGACGUCAGAAUGAUCGCCCUGUCCAUCGACACAGUGGAGGAUCACCACGGCUGGUCCAAGGACAUCCUGGCAUACAACUGUGAGGAGUCUGAUUGCUGCUCGCUGCCCUUUCCCAUCAUAGCGGACAGUAAACGGGAGCUGGCAGUCGCCCUGGGCAUGCUGGACCCAGAUGCAAAGGACAAAGACGGCCUGCCGCUCACUGCCCGCUGUGUGUUUAUCAUUGGCCCUGACAAAAGGCUGAAGCUGUCGGUCCUCUACCCGGCCACCACCGGACGAAACUUUGAUGAGAUUCUGCGAGUGGUGGACUCACUCCAGGCCACAGCAGGGAAACGAGUGUCCACGCCUGCUGACUGGAGGCCUGGAGACUGCGUGAUGGUCCCUCCCAGCAUGUCGGAGGAGGAGGCGGCCUCUUUGUUCCCAGCUGGCGUCUACACCAAAGAACUGCCCUCUGGCAAGAAGUACCUGCGCUACACACCUCAGGAAUAAGCACAGGCAGAGACAGCAGCACUGAUACUCAACACUCAGGAAUAUGUAGGACUUUACUGAAUUAGAGAUUUUAACAGUAUGUACAACUCCAAUUAAAAAGAACUUUAGUGUACUUUUCUAAAGGGGGUUGUUUUUGGAAAGAUAAGUGUUGAGAUGGGAACAUAUAUUUUUAAUAUUUAAAGAUAUAGCAGUUUAUUAUAUACAGUAUGGCAGAGAAGCUUCGAUUGUGAUACUGUUGGGGUUAAGAUAUUUUGUAUCCCAUGUGUAACGUUGCCUAUGCACCUCUUUUUUUUGGACCAAUACAAGAGGAAGUGAUGGUUUAUGGUGCUAGUUGAUGACCUACUGAGAGCAAACAACGCCAUGCAUGUGUGUUCAUUACAUCUGACAGGUGUACUUCAUUAAACAGUUACACAUUUUUAAA